CACUGUUGGAUCUACUGCUACGUGGUCUUCACAAGGACCCAUCUGGACCCAUCCUCCCUGUCCGUCCCAUCUGGACCCGUCCUCCCAGUCCGCCCCGUCUGGACCCGUCCUCCUGUCAGUCAUGGACAGUCUGGAGAAGCAGCUGAUCUGUCCCAUCUGUCUGGAGCUGUUCUCCAAACCCGUGGUCAUCCUGCCCUGCCAACACAACCUGUGCAGGAAAUGUGCCAACGAUGUCUUCCAGGCAUCCAAUCCGUAUCUGUCGACAAGGAGCGGCUCCACUGUGACGUCUGGCGGUCGGUUCCGGUGUCCAUCCUGUCGCCAUGAGGUGGUUCUGGACCGGCACGGGGUCUACGGUCUGCAGAGGAACCUGCUGGUGGAGAACAUCAUCGACAUGUACAAACAAGGCUCCGCCAGCAGUAAACCGGGUCCAGAGCCCAAGGUGGACCAGCCCAUGUGUGACCACCACGAGGACGAGAAGAUCAACAUCUACUGCGUUAGCCACAGCGUCCCCACCUGUUCACUAUGCAAGGUGUUCGGAGUUCACAAAGACUGCGAGGUGGCGCCGCUCGACAACGUCUUCCAGAAACAGAAGACCGAGCUGACCGACUGCGUCUCCAUGCUGGUGGGGAACAACGAUCGGAUCCAGGCCAUCAUCAGUCAGCUGGACGAAACCUGCCGUGCCGUCGACGAGAACGGCCGCCGGCAGAAGUCCAAGGUGUGCGAGGCCUUUGACCACCUGUUUGCGCUGCUGGAGGAGAGGAAAGGCGACAUGACGCUGAGGAUCAACGCCGAGCAGGAGGAGAAGCUGCACUACAUCGGCAGCCUGAGGAGGAAGUACAGCGAGCACCUGGAGAAUGGCGCCAAGCUGCUGGAGACCGCCAUCCAGACUAUGGACCAGUCCGAGAUGGCCCUGUUCCUCCAGACGGCCAAACCUCUGCUGCAGAAGAUUGUUGAAGGAACCAACACGUCUCAUCUGGACAAGAUCCAACCCGGAUACGAGAACAUGGACCACUUCAGCACCAACUUCAACCCUCAGAGGAGAGCGCUGAACACAGUCGACUUCGUCAAACUUGAUGAAGACGACGAUGAUGAAGAUGAAGUGGAGGUCAGAGGAAUGGCAGCAGGAAGCCGAUCUGAGGCCCCACCCCCUCUAGGGACAGCUUUGGCCCCUCCCCCACCUCUGCUUCCCAUGGGUGCUCAGCUUGUGGCUCCGCCCUCUUCAUCUCAGAAACCAUUAGAGGCUCCACCCACACCAACAAAAAGCCCCACCCCCACUGCAGCCCCGCCCCUUCUGCCUCAGAGACUAUCAGAGCUUCUACCCACACCAACAAAAAGCCCCACCCCCACUGCAGCCCCACCCCCUUUGCCUGUACCUGCCGCUGGCCCCACCCCCACGGUUCAGUCCGAGCAGCAGAGCGAGUCUGACAACAGAGAUGGACCCAAACACGUGUUCUCCUUCAGCUGGCUCAACCAGAAGUGACCCGGACAGGACCGGGGGCCAGUCCGGGUCCCGGUUGGGGUCCCAGGAUUGGUCCAGGGCCAGGACCAGGACCUGGACCAAUCCAGGACUAGGUCUGGUAUUUUCCUCAGACUGUAGGACGUUCCUCUUCUUCUUGUUUUCCUCUCCCAAACAUGGACGUUGGUCUUCUGCUGAUGUUUGAAGUCUCUGUUUGUGUCGACAUGUUGGUGGGAGAUCAUGUUUGAUGAAAUGAGUCCCAUGGAAGGUUCAUGUCCAUCAGUCUGAACACCCAGGCAGAUGAACAACAGUUGAACAGCUUUUACAUUUUCAUAGUAAUGUCAAAUAGAAAAACGCUCCCGUCCCAGAAUUCUCUAGUCCGACUGAUGAAGAUCACAUAUGUGGGACGGCUCCGCCCACUCAUACCACCACAAAAGGACAUUUUUAUAGAAAUAUGGAUGUAAAAUCCAAUAAAAUCCAGUCCAAUCAGGAGUCGAACUCAUGUUCUUUCCACCUGGUUUUUGUUGUU